AUGGGGUUUGGGAAGAAAUGGUUGCAAUGGAUGGACUCUUGCAUUUUCCCUAGCCAUAUGUCCAUUUUUGUAAACGGUAGUGCCACCAAAGAUUUUAAGGUUCAAAGAGGAUUACGUCAAGGUGAUCCAAUUUCUCCUUUUCUUUUCGUUCUUGCUAUGGAAGGUCUAACCGCUCUCACUAGAAAAUCGGUGGAGGUGGGUGAUUUUAAGCCGUUCAAAUAUGGUGUAGAAGAUCAUGUGGAUAUUCUUCAAUUUGCGGAUGACACCGUUGUUAUUGGAGAGCACACUUGUGAUAAUCUUUGGAACAUGAAAGUGUUGUUGCGAGGCUUUGAGCUUGUAUCCGGUUUAGAAAUCAACUUUCACAAAAAUAACAUUUUUGGAGUCCACAUUGGCGAGUGGUUAUUAAACCCGGCUACUUCUUAUCUCUCUUGUAAGAAAGGAAACUUUCCUUUUAAACUCCUCGGCAUUUGA